AAUAUAUUAAUUCAUAAAUGUUGAGAAUAUUUUUUUUAAUUGACAUUAAAUAUCUUGUGAUUUGUGAAUAAAUAUUACGAGGGGACUGACAGUGACAGGUGGAGGUUAUUAUUUUGACAGUGUCAAUAAUGUCUCCGGAACCCACCCAAGAGCCAAUUGAGCAGAACCUGAAGGCACCGAACCUGAAUGUUGAGGAACCUGCUGCUGAUUCAGAUAGCGAAGAUGAGGAUUUUGGAGCUGCUGGGUAUAUUCCUCUGUCCCAGGUGCCCACUGAUGCUGAUACUCUCCUAGAUGAUGAUGAGGACGACGAUUGGAUGCCUUCGAGCAACCAACAGCCCUAUGCAGUUCCAGAGGAUGAGGUGCAUGAACCAGAGAACCCAGAGACCCUCCAGGUUUGGUCCUCAUCUUCGACUGCCUCGAACAUCGAUCUGGAUGCUGAUAAAAUCAGUCAGGUAAAAUCCGCGAUGGCUAAAUUCACUCUCCCAGUGGAUGCGAUUCCAGAAUGGGCUCAAUCUGUCUCCGAGGAGCAGUGGAAAAAUCGACUCAUCGAUAAAAUCAAAGAGAUGCAGAAGCGAGACUAAUUCUGGAGAAAAAAAAUCAUAUGCUCAAUUUGUAUAAAGAAUUUAUUUCAAGAAUAUAAAGACGUCGUUAACAUUU